CAACGCAAAGGUAUUGACUCCCGGCUGUUGCGCCGAAACUUGAUUACGUGAGGAGGAAACACGUGGGAAAAUAUUGACCAAUACGGCAACGAAACGGGCACCCAUCGGUGAAACGCCGGCCGGCAUGAAAUCCGUUGCUAAGUCAAAAUCAACAAGCUGAGGUAACUGUAGCCGGCGAUACAAAAGUGCGUGCUGUAAAUACUUUAUGCGUCGUUCCAAAAAAAAUUCGAGUAACAAUUAACUUAUUCUUAGCAAAACAAUUAUUUUCAUUUAAAAAUAAUCUCCCUACCCUUCUUGACUGCGAUUACCUGUUGAACAACCUAAAGGUCAAAGAUGGACGGAAAUACCCUGAAUGGACAAACGCAAGGCGGGACGGUAUUUGAUUUCCGAAGGGCGAAGUACAGCGAGGAGACGCAUAAACUCCUGAGAGAGCUACUGAGGGAAAGUAGAUUGUCAUUGCUGAAUAAGAGGAAAGUUCAAGAGAGCAUCCAGAGGGGAGAACCCUUACCAUUUCUCCGAAGACCUGCCUCUGCGGAUGAAAGGAUCAGUAGUAAGGAUGUCAUGAUGAGGCCGAAAUAUGUUCGGCGACGCCCGAAGGAACUCAUCGUAAAGUCCGGCGCAUAUGAAAUGGACACUUUUGUUCCAUCAAACUACAAAUAUAACAAUGAAAUUGAAAAAGAGAGGCUUCAAAGUAUGAUGACUUACGGUGAAAUCGUUUCUCAAAAACAGAUUGAUCUCAGAAAACGACAGCCAAAACCUCGCGAGGAUAAAGAUCCACUCGCAGGAGAGACGGAUGAUGAAAGAUUUUUAGAGUGUAAGGAUACCAAUAAAGUAUAUUUUGAAAGUAUAAAACAAUUAAAUGAAUUCAACCCAAAGGUUCAACUGAUGAACUUUUUGUGUGCCCAAGACUUUGUAUAGGCAAGCAAAGUCCCCAGUCAGGUCAAAUUGAGCGGUAUUUAAAUAAAAUGCGUUUUAAAAGUUUUUGAAGUGAGUGUCAAU